AUGGAUGUCUAUUGGGAUUCAAUUUUUCGAUACUCUUCAUCUUCUCCGGAGCAUCCAUACCUUCCUGAUACCAAAGCGGCAGUUUACAUACUCGGGCAGGAGUAUUGCUCAUUAAGAGACCGGGAAAAAAUUCGUGUGGACAUACAGUCUCUACCAUGGAUGACGUAUAGAAAGGGAUUUUCACCUAUCGGAAGCCGUACUGGUCCAACAUCUGAUUCUGGCUGGGGCUGUAUGCAUCGAUGCGGCCAGAUGAUGCUUGCCUUCUGCCUGGAACGGAUUCACCUCGGCGCUGGAUGGAGAUGGCAUUUGGAUCCAACUAAUGCUACCUACUGGAAGAUUCUCAGGCUAUUUGAGGAUAGAAAGUCUGCUCUUUAUUCUAUACAAACUAUAUCUCUGAUGGGUAUAUCUGAGGGGAAGCCAAUUGGACAAUGGUUUGGUCCAAAUACUGUUGCUCAAGUGCUUAAGUAA